GGCCUGUGGUUACCCUCAAUCUGUUCAGGCCACGAUCCUGGCGUCCAGGAGGCCUUCCACGGUCAGAGUCUAUCAAUCGACCUGGAAGAUCUUCUCAAGAUGGUGCAGUGCUCAGGGUGCAUCACCGAAAUCCGCCUCUGUAGGCCUGGUUUUGCGCUUCCUCCAGCAAGGCCUGGACAAAGGGCUCCGCCCUAAUACCCUGCGUCGUCAGCUCUUUGCCAUUUCUUCUGUGAUACCUCUGAAGGGCUCUUCGCUGGCUCAGCAUCCUCAUGUGCGAAGGUUCCUCAAGGGGGCCACGGUUAUUAAUCCUCCCCCAGUUCAUAGGUUCCCUACCUGGGACCUUAAUCUGGUCCUGAGAGCCCUUACCAAGGCUCCAUUCGAACCUCUGAGGUCAAUUUCUUUACGCCUUUUAUCCCUUAAGGUUUUAUUUCUGGUCGCCGUGACUUCUGCAAGGAGGGUUUCGGACCUUCGUUCUCUGUCUGCGCGUAAGGAAUUGUGCCUCGUUUACCCGGAUUAUGUGCUACUCCGCACAGAUCCUUCCUUCAUCCCUAAAGUGAACUCUGUGUUUCACAGGGCUCAGGAGAUCAUGCUGCCCUCCUUCUGUCCUAACCCCUCCUCUCCCAAGGAGCGGGAGUGGCAUAAGCUGGACGUGCGCAGGGCAGUGAGGAUCUACCUACGGCGCACCAAGUCCUUUUGGGUUUCGGACUCCCUCUUUGUUUCGUUUCAGGAGGGUUCCUUGGGAAAACAGGUUUCCACUACUACCUUGUCGCUCUGGAUUUGCCAGUGCAUUAGAUUGGCAUACAUCAGUUCAGCAACUCCAGUCCCAGAGGGGAUUACUGCGCAUUCCACCAGGAGCGCAGCCUCUACAGCUGCCUUCGCUACCUUGGCUCCCCUGGUUGACAUUUGCCGUGCUGCCACUUGGGCCUCUAGUUCCACCUUCGUGAGGCAUUAUAAGAUCCACGAUUGGACCUCAGCAGACGCGGCCUUUGGGAGAAGAGUAUUGCAGCAGGUGGUUUCUCCCUGAGCCAGACCUCAAAGCUCCCACCCGGUAUAUCAGGGGCUUUGGUAGGUCCCAUCCUAGCUGCGGAUGCAACCCUCCUCUGAAGGAAAAUGAAGCAUUGGCGCUUACCUGAAAGAUCAUUUUCUUCAGAGGUACAGGUUGCAUCCGCCCCCACCCGCUUUGUCUUUUGUCUGGGCUGUUUAACCUGCUGUCCUGUUAUCCACCUUCCCACCUGUUUCCUAUGUAUCUGUGGGGCGGUUUCGCUCUGGGGUGGCUGGUACCCCUUGCAGGGGUUGAGUUGGUCAUGCCGAGUUCUUUUCAGCUGUUCUCGCUGGGUUUUUUCUGCCUGACUAUCUGUUUAUUACUCCUUUUACCUUGAAUUCUGACUUGGUUUCUCUGGAGCAGUGCUAGAGCUGGCUAUGAACUGGAGAUCAGGGGAUUGCCCCUCCCUCCUGCUGUGAGCUGAAGCUCUUGAUUGGCCCUGUCUAGGAGCAGGAGGUCGAGACAACCCAUCCUAGCUGCGGAUGCAACCCGUACCUCUGAAGAAAAUGAUCUUUCAGGUUAAGCCCAUCAUCACCAUGGAGCAGUUGCUAUGGGUGAACGGCAGCGUGAUUGGAGAGGUGAACACAUUCCGGGUCCCUCUCAUUGCAGCGACGCGUCAGGGCACCCUCUUGGCCUUCUCUGAAGCCAGAAAACACUCUUCCUCGGACUCCGGAGCUAAAUUCAUAGCCAUGCGCAGGUCGCUGGACAAAGGUGCUACUUGGAGUCCAACGUCAUUCAUUGUUGACGACAGUUCCCUGACAGAUGGCCUCAACCUUGGGGCUGUGGUGGUGGAUUCAGAAAAGGACAUGGUGUUCCUGAUAUACACUCUCUGCGCCCACUACAACCAAUGCCUCACUGCCAGCGUCAUGAUCAUCCGCAGCCAUAACGAUGGAGUCACAUGGAGUGUCCCUCGGAAUCUCUCUGAAGAGGUUGGCACAACCAUGUUUUCCCCUGGGCCAGGCUACGGCAUUCAGAAACACUAUAAGCCCAAUAAGGGCCGUUUGAUUGUUUGCGGUCAUGGAACAAUCGAACGGGAUGGGAUCUCAUGCCUCCUUAGCGAUGACCACGGCUUGAACUGGAGGUAUGGGAGACAGCCCCUGCUCGGGAUCCCUUAUGGCGAGAAGAAAAUUUUCAAUGACUUCAACCCCGAUGAAUGCCAGCCCUACGAAUUGCCAGAUGGAUCUGUGGUGAUUAACGCCAGGAACCAGAACUUCUAUCACUGCAGUUGCCGCAUUGUAGUGCAUAGCUAUGAUGCCUGUGACACCCUCCCGCUGGAGAACGUGACCUUGGACAAGACUUUGGUGGAUCCAGCAGUGGCUGCAGGCGCGCUUGUCAAAUCUGGCCUCGUCUUUUUCAGCAACCCAGCCCACAAGACAAAGCGCGUGAACAUGACCCUGCGCUGGAGUUUCACCAACGGCUUGACGUGGUGGGGAAAGCCCCUGCAGAUCUGGAGCCGUGCUAGUGGCUACUCCUGCAUGACAGCAUUGGAUGGGACAGCCCCGGAGGACACUCACAGCCUCUUUGUCAUUUACGAGAAGGGGGUGUACAGUUCCCUGGAGAGCAUCUCGGUGGCCAAGAUUAGCAUCAACGGGAGGCUCUGACCAUGCUUUUGUCCUCUGCCGACUCCUUCCCUUGGUGCCUUGAAUCACUCAGGUGACUGUGGGGCCAGGACUGUGGGGCCAGGACAGAUGGGAUUUUGCAAUAAGCUGGGGAGAAAUCAGCAAAGCUGGCGGAGGUGGAGAGGGCAAAGGGUUGUGACUGAAGGGCAUUGGCAGAGUUUGAGAGAGUCCAGGCAGCAAUAAGAGGGGACCGAGGGGACUGUGAACCUGUCCUCCACUCAUGCCUUUACUCCCUAUAGGCCUUCCCAGGGGGCAGUCUGAGCCCAAGCCUUUCCCUCUGCCAUUUCCCCCACGAUGAUCCUGGAGCUGCCGAUCUACCUCGGAAGCACUCCUGACUUUAGAUGCUGCUAUUGAAUUUCUGAAGUGGAUUGGUGGGGGUGGGGGUGAGAGAGAGAGACUGAGAAAUGGAAGGAAGGAAGCCAGCUGACAACAAGCAAAUGGUUGCCCAGUUUGGAUUUGCUUCUUAUCUGGAGAAUCAAAAUGGAAAAAAAGAAAACGGUUAGAUUUGUAAUGAAUAAAUUAAUUAAUGCACCUUUA